AUGGAUCAAAUGUACCUUGGAAGUGGACUACUAAUAACUGCCGACAUGGAAGUUAUGCUGCUUGCUGGAUCCACUGUUGGUGGUGGCUCGACGAUUAACUGGGCAGCUUUGAUUCAAACUCCACAACAUGUACUAAAAGAAUGGUCCGAAAGCUACAAUCUUGAACUGUUUGGAAGUGAAUUCUACAAGGGGGCUAUGAAGAUUGUAUGUGACAAAAUGGGAGUUCAGUCUGAAAUAGAGGAUGAAGGGUUCCAAAACAUGAUUUUGAGAAAAGGGUGUCAAGAAUUGGGGUAUCCAGUGGAAACAGUCCCUAGGAAUGCGCCCUCGGGUCACUACUGUGGAUGGUGUAGCAUGGGUUGUAAAGAUGGGAGGAAACAAGGUACAGCUGAGACAUGGCUAGUUGAUUUGGUGAAAUCAGGCAAUGGUGCAAUACUUCCUGAAUGUGAAGCCUUGGAAGUGAUCCAUGAAAAAAAGAAUGACAAUUCAGGAAAAAGUAAAGCCGUUGGAGUUGCUUUUGCAUUUCAAAAUUAUGAUGGGGUGAGGCAAAUUGGCAUGGUGAAAUCAAAAGUCACAAUAGUAGCUUGUGGUGCUCUUAGCACACCUUCAUUGCUCAAGAGGAGUGGCUUAAAGAAUCCAAAUAUUGGCAGAAACUUACACCUCCAUCCAGUCGUUAUCGCCUGGGGAUACUUUCCUGAUUCACAACCAAUGUCAAAUGAAAUAUGGCCAAAAGCAGGGAAGAAAAGUUAUGAAGGAGGGAUAAUAACAGCAGUGUCUAAAGUCGUGGCAAAUUUCAAAGGAUCAGGAUAUGGUGCGAUCCUACAGACACCAGGAUUGCACCCUGGCAUGUUUUCAGCACUAAUGCCAUGGGUUUCAGGCCUAGAUAUCAAGAUGAGAAUGAGCAAAUAUUCAAGAACCGCAUAUAUCUUUGCGUUGGCAAGGGACAAGGGAUCAGGAGAAGCAUUUUCACCCUAUUCAGUAACUUACAAGUUGGAUAAAACUGAUGAAGAAAAUUUAAAACUUGGCCUAGAGAAGACGUUAAGAAUCUUGGCAGCUGCGGGUGCAGAAGAGAUUGGAACUCAACACACAAAAGGAAGGAGUUUGAAGGUGAAAGAAGCAAGUUUAAAGGAGUUUGAGAGGUUUGUGAAACAAGAAAGUUCGAUAGGAAUGGGAAAACAUUCAGUUCCUAUAUGUUCAGCACAUCAAAUGGGAAGUUGUAGGAUGGGAGUUGAUCCAACAACUUCAGUGGUUAAUUCCAAAGGAGAAACAUGGGAAGUAGAAGGUUUGUUUCUUGGUGAUUCAAGUGUGUUUCCAACUGCUCUUGGAGUGAAUCCAAUGGUCACAAUUCAAUCUAUUUCUUAUUGCACUGCACAAUCUGUGCUUCAAGUUCUUAAGAAUCAAAAGUCGGAGUAAAAAAGCAUUGAAAAAAUUGUUAAUGUUCAUUAAAGUUUGUGUAAUAUCUCUACCUUCAACUUAUGAGUUUUAAGGCUAGAGUAAGCAUCAUGGGAUAAGAUCUCUGGAGGAAUCCAUAUAUCUUACCAAGUGUAAACACUAUUCUAUGUUCUAGUAAAAUUGUAGUGUAACUAUUUCUUUUUAGCAACUUGAGAAUUCCCUAUUGAAAAGAUGGGGAAGCAUGUUAGUUAACAUCACGGGAGAUUAACUAUAAAUUGAAGUUGAAUAUGGUGUUACUUGGUUCUAUUUAUUUGAUUUUCAUGGUUGAUUUUAAGUAUGACUUUGAAGUUGGGUGGUCUUGAACUUUCGACUCGCUUGCUCCAUGGGCAAAACUUCAAGUUUAAUAAGUUUCGGUUCGGCACCAUUUUUGACUUUUGGCUUUGAAGGUUGCCUAUGGGGCAAGGUGGAGUCAAAAAUUCAAUACCGCCAAUAUAUAUAUAUUUUUUUUGUUUAGACACAUUUUAUUAAUUACAGAAAAUGUCAAUCUCAAAUGUCUUUUUUAGUAAGAUCUAUAAACGAGUCAAUCUCAAAUGUUUCGUUACGUGUGAUAUAUCUCUACUAAAUGCAUCCAUAAGUAGAGAAAGAAACCAUUGCAUGUUCCUUGAAUAUUUAGAUAGGGUAGUUCCAAGUUCAGAAAGGGAAGAAUGGGGUGGCCGCGGGGAUGUGAUUGUUGAUUGGUUUAUUUGCUGGUGACUUAAAUGUGGGUGAUUGGCACAAUAGGCUAUUUUCACACUUAUGUUUUAAGAUUGUUACCACUAUCUGGAGAAUUAAUAAUGUUUCCGCUUUUCCUUUAGUGUGACUUGAAUCCUCAACCUACCUAUUGAUUUUUUGUUAGCUGCUUAGCGUGACUCGAACCCUUAAUCUACCUAUUGAUUCUAUUGAUUUUAUUUUAGGGUGACCUGAACCCUUAACCUACCUAUUGAUUUUCUUUUAGCUUAAUCCGAACCCUUAAUCUGCCUAUUGAACCCCAACAAAAACUCCAUUUCUCUUGUUGUUUCAGACAAAUAAAAGUGAAAUUUCCUCUAACAACAAGCUUUCAAAUCUCAUUGUGAAAUUUUGAUUAAGGUGAAAUGUCGACCUCUUAGUGAAAUUAAGGUGAAACUAAGCUUUCAGAUGGAGAAAGCAAUCUUCCAUGAACAGUAAUCUCAUAGUGAAAUUUCAAUUAAGGAAUCUCUUAGUGUUGUUUGCUGUUUCGGAGCUAACCACUUGCUGUGUUGAAGUGUUCUUCUUCAAUUUGGGGAUUUUAAGGUCUUUCUCAUUUGGGAAAUGGACCUUUGAACAAAUGCUAUUGCAGAUACAGUAAUUCUUUUUCCUCAGAAAUAUAAAUACUUGGCUGCCAUCUGCUGAACCUAAUAUUUGAUUAGGCUGAUGUUGAUGGAAAUGGAGUUCUAGACUACGGGGAGUUUGUAGCAGUUAUAAUCCACUUACAGAGAAUUGAAAAUGAUGAGCAUUUUCGUAGAGCAUUCAUGUUUUUUGACAAGAAUGGAAGUAGUUAUAUUGAGCUUGAUGAGCUAUGAGAAGCUUUAGCAGAUGACUCAUGAGCAUGGGACACUGAUGUAGUGAAUGAGAUCAUGCGCCAAGUUGAUACGGACAAGGAUGGACAAAUCUAUUACGAGGAGUUUGUAGCAAUGAUGAAGACAAGAACCGAUUAGAGAAAGGCGUCUCGACAAUACUCAAGAGAAAGAUUCAAAAGCUCACGUGUUAAUGAAGGAUGGCACUCUCCAACUUCAGGAUGUACUCAGUGGCCAAGAAGUCAUUGUUUUAAGUUAAUAAAAGGCUUUAUUUUACUAUUCUAAUGAUUUCCAUUCGUUGUUUUAAUAGGUUCCAUAGCAAAUCAAAGCAAACCUGAUCAUAUGUAAUAAACAACCGUUGCAAUUGGUAUUUGAGCUAGUUAGAACAUGUGCAACAAUCGUUGUAACAGAUCAAUAAAUCGUUGCAGUAGUAUAAGAAAUUGUUGCAAAAUACCACUGAAACCGUUGCAAUAUGUAAUGAACAACCAUUGCAAGAGACUAGAAACC